ACGCGUCGCGCACACGGCAGAGUUCGGACGCGUUUGUAAUAUCCGGGUCUGAAGGAGGGAGUGUCUCAGAUUCCUAACAGAAACACGCUGGACAGAGCCGCGAGAGACGCGCUCCGCGGGGAUAUGGCAUCGGGCAGAGGGAAGCGGAGGCGCAGCGCGGUGGAAACGGGUUCCAGCUCUCCGGUCAUGAUUUAGAUCGGGAUCCGGACCGCGAUGGAAAAGCCGCUGUGUUCGUCGCAGCCCACGGCCUCGCUCGGGUUCGGCGCGUCCUCGGUGGGGAACAUCGCGCCGCUGCAGCGCGGACGCACGCGCAGGAUAGAGGGAGUGCUGAGCAAAUACACCAACCUCAUCCAGGGCUGGCAGAACAGGUAUUUUGUGUUGGACCCUGAAGUGGGUCAGCUGCAGUAUUUCGUGAGCGAGCAGGGGCGGAGUCAGAAGCCCCGCGGAUCCCUGCCUCUGAUUGGUGCGUCUGUGACGGCGAGCGACGAGGUGCCUCACAUGUUCAUCGUCAGCUCGGCCAAUGGGGAGCUCUUCAAACUCAGAGCGGUGGACUCCACAGAACAGCAGCUGUGGAUGACGCAGCUACAAGAGUGUACCAGACGCCACUCUGACAGCAGUGCCAAGAUGAGGAAACUGAAGGAUUGUGACGAGCAUCUGUGUGUCAACCGAACUCAGAACACCUUUGACACACAGGGUUCGUCGGGCAGAACACGGAGUUUCUCUCUGCUUCCUCACCUCCCUCCGUCUUCCUCUCCUGCAUCUCAGAGACAUCUGCCUCACCACGGGCCUCAGAACAACAUCGUUACCAUCACGCACCAUAAGUCGCCUGCAGCCGCCCGCCGUGCCAAGAACCAGUACCCAGAGCGCCUCCUGGAGGUCAAAGAGGUUAUGAACCAGGCUGAGGGUCAGCAGAAGAGUCUGGUCGAGUCCAUCGAGUCUCUGCCGACGCGAGGAUCCCUGUCCUGUCUGGAUCAGGACCUGCUGCUGCUGAAAGCCACCUCUGCCGCCACUCUGAGCUGCCUCGGCGAGUGCCUGAAUAUAUUACAGCAGAGCACCGGACAUAACCACGGGCCGCCCUCCGAUAAUGUUCCUGUGUGGACCGUCCAAAAGUCCCCCUCAGGAGAACGUCUGAGGAACGACGGUGCUGUUACCCAGAGCUCCACAGAGCCCUCGCCCUCCCUCAGGAAAACAAACCUGCUGCAGAACACUGAGGAUGGUGUGGAUGUGAUUUCUCCUGAGGAGGAGGUGAUGGAUUCAGAUGAUAACACUGAAGAAGAUCUGGGUGUGUUAGACGACCAGAGGAGCGUCAUUCUGCAUCUGCUGUCUCAGCUCAAACUGGGCAUGGAUCUCACACGGGUUGUUCUUCCCACCUUCAUCCUGGAGAAGCGUUCACUGCUGGAGAUGUACGCUAAUUUCAUGGCGCAUCCGGACCUGUUCCUGUCCAUCUCCGCCGGAAGCACCCCGGAGGAACGUAUGGUGCAUUUUGUUGAAUAUUACAUAACCGCCUUCCAUGAAGGACGUAAGGGCGCCGUCGCCAAGAAGCCCUACAAUCCGGUGCUGGGUGAGACCUUCCACUGCUCGUGGGAGGUUCCACAAGAUCGAGUCCACCCAAUGAGGACUGAGACCAACUCCAGGACCAAUCAGGAGGCGACGGGGGCGGGGUCAGACUCUUACAGGGUGCGUUUCGUGGCGGAGCAGGUUUCCCAUCAUCCUCCGGUGUCAGGGUUUUACUGUGAGUGUGCUGAAAGAGGCAUGUGUAUCAACACACACAUCUGGACCAAGAGCAAGUUCAUGGGCAUGUCAGUGGGCGUCUCUAUGGUGGGAGAAGGUGUGUUGUACCUGCGUGAUCACGGGGAGGAGUACGUGUUUACAUUCCCGAGUGCGUACGCUCGAUCCAUCCUCACCGUGCCGUGGGUGGAGCUCGGAGGAAAGGUCACCAUCAGCUGCGCUAAGACCGGAUACUCGGCCAACGUCACAUUCCACACCAAACCCUUCUACGGGGGCAAAGUUCACAGGGUCAGUGCAGAGGUGAAGCAAAACUCCAGCGGGACGGUGGUGUGUAAAGCUCAGGGUGAGUGGAACGGGACUCUGGAGUUCAUCUACAGCAGUGGAGAGACCAAAGUCAUCGACACAAACAAACUGCCCGUUAUCAGGAAGAUGAUUCGGCCCGUCGAGAAACAGGGCCAGACCGAGUCCAGGCGUCUCUGGCAGCAUGUGACAGCAGCACUGAAGGAAGGAAACGUUGAUCUGGCCACUGAACACAAGCAUGUGUUAGAGGAAGACCAGCGAUCAGACGAGAGACAGAGAGCUGCCAACAACAUGCCCUGGAAACCCAAAUACUUCCACAAAGAGGGCGACGGAUGGGUCUACCAAAACCCCUUAUGGAAAACAAAUCAAAGAAAGGAAGACGAACGCUGAUCAGACUAACACAGGGACUGAGAACAAACAGCAAAAAUCAAAAACAGGAGAAUAAUGGUGCAUCACACUACAGACAGAUCCAGUGUGUAUAUAUGAGAACAUGGACACACAGACCAGAUCUUUUAUACACUUUAAAUGAUAUAGUAUUUUUCAUGAUUAUAACCGAGCCUUUAUGAAUAUGCACAGUAAUAUGUACACAGUAAUUUGUGAUCUGUUAUUAGAUGAUUUGUUAACAGAUUAAGAGAGUCAUGGAUUUACGUCAUUUAACAAUGUUCAGAAUCAAA